AUGUUUGGAAACCCUUCCCGCGUAUUGAGCCGUACUAGAAGUGCUGUCGACGAACUUGUCAACGACGCUGACUUCAACGACGACCUGAGAAUUCCGUCGAGCGGCGAUGACUCAUCAACCUCCGGCAGCUUUACUGGUCAACGGGCUACAAAAAAUACCGAGAUUGACAAUAUGCUCACGGAACCGAUGGCCAAAAGUAAGUCGCAUACAUAUAACAACACAUUUAUUAGCUGUUCUCCAGAAGUUGAUGUUAGCUGUUCAAGAUUAGACUCUAAAAAGACAAUUACGCCAGGAAAUUCGCGCAAUGGCAAAGAACACGAUUCAAGUGUUGAACACUUUGAAAAGUUAGCCGACCAGGGAAAUGCUAAAGCUGCGUUGGGAUUGCUUUACACCACCAUACACGGGUCGGCUUCCUGGAAAGACUUGGAUUUCCGGGAGACUUCCCUUACCCAUCAUAAUUUGACUCUGCGUGCGUGUAAGCGACAUCGUCCGCCAUAUCAUAUCGAAGCACGUCGUGUGUUGUUGCAGAUGCGAGAAUGCGGUCCUUCGCCGAAUCUUCAGACAUACCAUGAGGUGAUUGCAGCACUUGCCCGUGCGCAUGAGUGGAGAAUCGCUGAGCGCACUUUUGCUGAGUUAAAACGUGACUUUCCUAAUCACAACCCUACAAUUGAAUUACAUACCAGCCUCAUCUCCGCAUAUGGAAAAGGUGGACAGUGGGAAAGAGCAAAAUCAACUUUUGAUGCAUUAGCCAAGGAGAACGUUACUAUGGACACUGGAAUAUAUAACGCUUUGUUGAGUGCUGCAGUUGGUGCCGCACGCUAUCAUGAAGCAUCCAUUGUGUUUGAGCAGAUGCCAAAGAAAGGGAUAAUUCGAAAUGUAACGACAUACAAUGCUAUCCUUACAUCUCUUGGACGACAACGACGAAUUUUUGACAUGGAGCUCGUGCAUAAAAACAUGCGGAAAAGUUAUGUCGAGCCCAACGAAACCACGCUUAGCUUACUAAUUACGGCUCAUGGCAAUGCCGGAGACUGUUAUCGGGCCGUUGAGCACUUGGAAGAGGCAUGCAAAGCUCGCUGGCUGAAGAAGUCAGCUGUGAUAUUCAAUUCAGCACUCGGAGCAUGUGUGAAGUCUGGGGAGAGCAAGCUCGCGCGCGAUGUGCUAAGCAUGAUGCAUGCUGAAGGAGUAAUUCCCACGCUUGUGACAUACAACACAAUGCUAAUGAGUGCUUCCGCCCGGCAUGAUUGGAAUCAAGUAGUAAAUAUUUAUUUGGAACUUUUGCAGCACGGGCUGACUCCAGAUGCAAUCACGUUCGAUUGCAUCUGUGGUAUUGAUAAAUUACAAUCAGCUACUGAUGCUCCUGGUCGUGCGCUUUCUGCCACAGGAUCUGUCCCAAACGCCAAAACCUCGUGUAUACGCCACAAUGAUUACAAGAGUGCCGAGACACGAAAUGUUCAUGACAAGAAAUCUCAACUUUCAGUUGGCAACUCCCUUGUGACUGACCUAGGGACGCUGCCAGAGCUCCUUCGAAGCACUCUUAAUGAGCUUGAUAUGCUCGCAACAGAAUCUGCCUCUCCACAAAAGUUAACAUCAACGACCUGUCAUGUGUAUGAUGCACUGCUCCGUGCUCUGCAUCUUUCCGGGCAAGCUGCCGAGGUUGAAACUGUCUUUAAAGCUAUGGUCAGUAAACGUGUCUGCCGAACAGUCCAUACGUACAACUCCCUCAUUGCCUCGUAUGAGGUAAGACGGCAGUGGAAACAGGCUGGCCAAGCUAUGAUCUCAAUGCAAGAAGAAGGGAUAGCACCAGACGCCCUGACUUUCGAUGCUUUGAUAAAUGUGUGUGAGGAGAUGGGGCAAUGGGAUCGUGCAACAGCAUGGCUGGAACAUGCGCAGGAACAAGGCCAUCUUAGGUGCGAGGAUGAGCUUGGAGUUCUUGACCUUCACCGCAUAAGAUCUGCUGGCACUGCACAGACUGUAUUGCGAUGGUGGCUUCGACGGAUGCGAUCCCGCGCGCUCGCGCCGCUGGAUGUGCGCGCCGCUGGCCAGGGAACGCGAAUAAUACUCGAAAGUGCGACAAGGGGAGCAACGGUGUCGAGGAAAUCAAACAAUGUGAGAACUUGCAGCGCGUCUCUUUCGGAAGCAGACAUUCCAUUGCAGAUACGUGAUCUACCCGAUCAGAUUCAGGUAGUGACAGGUUGGGGAAAACACAGCACUGUAUUCGGAUAUAGUCCAGUGAAGGAAAGAGUACUUGCUCUAUUAGGUGGGCUUAACUCGCCGUUUAUUGUGCCUGAGUAUAACAUUGGAUGUGUGGUUGCUGAGAGAGGUGAGGUCAGGGCGUGGCUUGUAAGAGACGAGUUGCUCAGUCUUGUGCGAUUCUUGGGUGGAAAUCGGGCUGCACUCAGACGCAAUUUUAACCCCAUGGGUGUCGACACGUAA